AUGAAACCAUUAGAACUCAUUCCUGAUAUUAGAACUAGAUGUAAUUCCACUUUCUAUAUGAUAGAAAGAGCAUUUUGUUUACGUGAGCCAUUAUAUAAUUUGGCUGCAGCAGAUAAAGAACUUUCUCUAUAUUUAUUAAAUAGUAUAGAAUGGAAUAAACUAAAAAAAAGACAAAGUUUAUUAGAAUGUUUUCAAAAAGCAACAAUUGAAAUUAGUUCUGAAAAAUCUCCUACACUUGGUCAAACAGUACCUAUUUACAAUUAUUUAAUAGAUAAUAUUGAAGAUUUUCUUGAAGAAGCCACAAGAUCAGAUGAUAUUAUAAAUGCUGCUAAUAAUGCCAAAAAUAAAUUGCAACAAUAUUAUCCAAGCUCAGACGGACUUGUCUAUGUGAUUGCUACUAUAAUAGAUCUACGGCAUAAACUUCAGUACUAUAUAGAUAACGAAUUUGAAGUUGGGUAUAUAGAUACAUAUAAAAAACAAAUUAAAGAAUUAUGGUUAACUGAAUAUAAACCAAAAAAUAAUGAAAAUGAUAAUCAAAAUAAUAAUAAUCAAAGUUCUCUUGCAGCUUAUAUGUUUAAAAAGCGAAAAACAUCUUUUACUAAUGAAUUAGAAGCAUACCUUAGUGAACCACCAGAAAAUUUUAAUAUGGAUGUUUUAGCAUUUUGGAAGGUUCACGAAAAUAAAUUUCCAAAUUUAUUCAAAAUGGCCCGGGAUUUUUUAGCAAUUCCUGGAACAAGUGUACCAGUUGAGAGAGUAUUCUCUGGUGUAAUGGAUUUGAUAACUCAAAGAAGAUGUAGUUUAAAUCCGGAAAUGAUUAGAAAAUUGAUGUACUUAAAAGCAUGGUUAAAAUAUAAAAAUACGAAUUAA